AUAUAAGAGGAUGCGACCGAGAGCUUACACUCUCACACCCGUUAGCCGACUCUCACCGGGAUUAUCCUAGGCGAGUGAAAAAAAAAAAAGAAAGAAAAGCCGCGAUCGAGGGGCCCGAUCCGCUAACCACGAUCGAGCGACGGUUCAUCGGCGGCCUGAUCCAACCGAGGACGAUCAUGAUACUCACGAUUUUAUGUAGCCUCGUCAUCGGACGAGCCAUCGCUUCGCCGCUCGCCAAUGUUUGGCUGAGUCCGAUACCGGCUCUUUCGCCGUUAAGGCAAUACCACAUACAAGACGGAUCGGGAUCUUAUCAAUAUUCCUUUACUGGACCCCAUCAUGCCAAAGCGGAGUCCACCUUGAACGGUAUUACGCAGGGUGGAUAUUCCUACAUCGAUGCAAAUGGAAUUUUGCAAACGGUCUCGUACACCGCGGACGAUAAGAACGGAUUUAGGGUCAGCGCGAGCAAUCUACCGCAAUCGCCUAAGGAUGAGCUGCAAACUAUACAGGACACGCCGGAAGUGGCCGCGGCAAAGCGAAAUCAUCUCGAGGAGUUGCAAAACUCUCAUCAGGCCAAUUGGCAGGAUCAGAAUCUGCUGUCGUACAAAAUCGUGCCGUCGUACUUCAGUUUUGCUCAAAUCCAGCCGGACGAGAACAGCAAAACCGAACCAAAUUUGAAAACGCGAGAAAUAGAAGAUACUCAAAAUCCGUUCCUACUGUCAAAGUCAGAGGCAGAGAAAAUCAACGUUCCCAAGCCAGAUCCGAGUCUCUCGAAGGUAUCGCAUGUGCCUUCGAGCACCAGCACCGCCACCACCAUCGCUUCGUCGUUACCUACCCCAACGUCAUUAAGGGAGAACACGCUUCUUCCUAAGAACGACGAACGGACGACAUCUCGGAGUGGCUUGCAGCUGGGGAAGCUGGUGUCCCUCGGCAACAUCCAGAAACGGUUAGCCGUGCCCGCACCCUACGUAUUUCCAGUGUUGCCUUACAGAUUCCUUCACAGCUCGCUGCAUCACACUCAGGACUCCCUGGGCCAAUACGAUUAUAGUUACACCGGAGACUCGAGCGCGAAAACCGAAUCCAGGUCGCUCGACGGUACCACCAGGGGAGCCUACAGUUACAUCGACCCCAACGGGAUUCUUCAGCAGGUGCAUUACAUCGCCGAUCACAAUGGAUUCAGAGUCUUGGCAACUAAUCUGCCCGAGGCGAAGUGAUAAUCAUGUCGGUGCCGUAGAAAACGUCCCGUGGGACAUAAAAGCGUUCGUCUUCGAAGCGCGAUGUCACGUAUGAGAUAUCAAACAUUAAUACCGUACGCAAUUUCCUUUUCGGAACUUUGAAUUUACCAAACGGUGAAUUCUAAUCUCGCAAAAAAAAAAUAAAUAAAUAAUAAAGUAAACCUUUGAAUAAUCCUGCAAAAAAAAGAAAUAUAUUUUUGUAAAUUUUAAUCAAGAAAACACAUUUUAAUCAAAAGAAAAGUGAGAAGAUAAAUUAGAUUCAUGUACCUUGUAUAUUUAUUUAAUAGAUCUUGAAUAUUUUUAUUAAAAAUCAUAACGGAAAUAUGAUCUAUUUUUCAGAAAAUUUACGUUUAAACGAAUUGUCUCGCGCAAUAAAUAUCGGUGUCGGGAAUUUGAGGAAAUGUUACGCGAAUGCUUCUCGAGUUUGUUCAAUGAUUAUUUUCGUGGAAACGCGAAAGAACGGACUUGAUUCGUAUUCGAGUAUCCUCCUAAAACUAACUUUAUUUUUUUUUGUAAUGUUAAGCUUAUUUCACGAUCGCGAUCGCGACCAAAUAAAUUAUUUCACGUUCCGUUCUAAACAUUCUACUUCCAUUAUCUUUAGCACGAUCGAAAGACGUUAAUGACGUCAUGUUUUCAAGAUUGUUAAUAGAUUGCACUUGAUUAUAUUACAUAAAUACAGAUGAAAAAUGCAAUCUCUA